AUGGCUAACGUAGAAAAGCAAACCGAAAAGGAGGUUAACCCUUCCGAACUUGAAGCCUAUACCAACUUGGAAGACAGAGUUUUGAUCUUGAAUGAUGUAGUGCCCAAGUUUGAUAAACCUUGGUACAAACAUUGGUGGUUAAUUAAAUUGGAUAUAUUUUUAUUCGGAUCUAUUUUGGCUCAAAUUACCUCUGGUUUUGAUGGUUCGAGUAUGAAUGGGCUUCAGAGUCUUCCUUCAUGGCAGUCAUACUUUGACCAUCCUAAAGGGGCUAUCUUGGGAACCAUGUCAAAUGGGCCCUCUAUUGGUACGUUGAUCUGUAUUCCUUUAAGUUUCUGGAUUAUUGAUUAUUUGGGAAGGAAAAGAGUGGUGCUUUUAGGAUGCUGUAUUAUUGUUAUUGGUGCUGUGAUACAGGGGGCUGCUCAAAACUUUGGAAUGUUCACCGGUGCCCGGAUAUUAUUGGGAAUUGGUUCAUGUCUUUCCUCUGCUGCUGCUGGGCCACUUUUGAGUGAAACCGCAUACCCAACCCAAAGACCUGCUAUUACUGCUUUGUUGUUGGCUUCUUGGCCUUUUGGAUCAUUUGUGGCAGCCAUGGUAACCUGGGGUCCUUACAGGUCUUCGUUGAAAUACAAUAAUUGGUCUUGGAGAAUUCCUUCUAUUUUGCAAUGUUUCUUCCCUCUUCUUCAAAUUUUGAUUGUGUCUUUUGGACCUGAGUCUCCAAGAUGGUUGAUCAGUAAAGGAAGGGAACACGAGGCUAGAAACUUCUUUGUUAAGUACCAUGCUGGAGGAGAUGAAAAUUCAAAACUUGUGGCUUUUGAAAUGGCUGAAAUUAAAGCAAUUCUUGCUCAAGAACAAAACCAGAUUAGCAGUAAGUUUACUGAAUGGUUCAGAUCUAAACAACGUUUGAGAAGACUCUUUAUUGUUGCUGCUGUACCAGCUAUGGUUCAAUUAUGUGGUAAUGCUUUGAUUUCCUACUAUUUGCUGAUUGUGUUGACCAACAUCGGUAUUACCGAUUCUAACGAUCAGUUGAAAAUCAAUAUCGGUAUGACCGUCUAUGGUUUAUUCUGGUCGGUAGGUGUUGGAAUAAACGUUGAUAGGUUCAAAAGAAGAAAAAUGUUCAUGACAGGAUUUGCCCUCAUGUGUGUAACUUAUGUGAUUUGGACUAUUCUUUCUUCACUUAACCAACAGCAAAACUUCGAAAACAAAUCUUUAAGUUCAGGGGUGGUGGCCAUGAUCUACUUGUUUUCAGGUUUCUACCAUAUUGCAUCACCUGUUGCUAUGACCUAUGUUAUGGAAGUUUGCCCAUUCCACUUGAGAGCUCAAGGAUCCACUAUUUACCAAUUGUCUGGUAAUGUGAUUGGAUUCUUCAACAAUUAUGUCAACCCUAUUGCCAUGAAUGCUAUUACUUGGAAGUACUACAUCGUUUGGUGUAUUUGGUUGGUGGUCCAAAUCUGUAUUGUGUACUUUAUUUUCCCUGAAACGAAAGGACUUGGUCUCGAAGAAAUUGCUCAAGUAUUCGGUGAAGAUGUCACAGAAGGUCUUGUUGCUGCUGACCAAGCUAUUCGUGGCAAGGAGAAUGACUUGGACUCAGAACCAUCCAAAGCUGAAGUGGAAGAAGUUGAAUACACUAGCAAGUAG